AUGUGCAUACAGCUCCUGCAAUAUACGCUUCUGGACGGAAGUCAAAGUCUUGGCACUACUCUUUCAUUUACCUUCCGUCAUCCUCUCUCCUCAUCUUCUUGUCCAGUAAUUGAAAUUCCAGUAUUCCCUAUUCUUUUCCAAUGGAGUUAUAGCCAGGUCUUCAUUCCAGCGAGAAUGCCGUCAUUUUCAUCGCUGCUCAAGCGCUCAAGACCGAAGCGCAAGGCUGAACACGAUAAUAUUGCCAAUGUUGACACCAGCAAGAAGGACAGAGCCAGCCGGAGACUGCCAACCCGAGGCGACUUCUUCCGAAGCUUUUUGGGCAGAACUCGAUCCAGCGCUGGUCCGCGACCUGGUGCUGACGAAGAUAUUCAAAAUAAGCAAGCGCCCCUUCAAUCACCAACUCAAGGAAAGGCCGGCAAUGUAGCGACUCCCACAUCCGAUCCGAACAAACCAUUACCUCCCCCACCCCCAUUCAACGACUCCGAAUCGGCCAAGCAGCCCGUCAAAGCUGACAUUCAGCUGAAGCGCAUUAUCCAGCCGCUCACACUUGCCGACAUACACAAGCUAUUUUCCGGGGCACCCCAAUUCUUUGUUCGAUCAGAGGGCCACCAUGCCGGAGCGCCGCAUCCUUCAGUUGCCUUUCCUUGGAACGAGGAAUUGGAGAUACGGGACUUGAGCGACCAUGGGCAAAUAGAAGAGAAAGCUUGGGGAUGCGUCACCACAACCCCGCACAUCAUUCGCAAGCAAAAAAGAGACGCGGUGGUAGAACAGGCCACUGAAGAGAAUGGAAAUAAAACCCCACACUUUGUCCCUCGUUGUAAAGAGAGGCCAAAUAUGCUGAGUAUGCAAGGCUUGGAACGGGGGACUGUUGGGUUUCAGGCAGCGCUCGAAGUUGCGGUUGCGGAUGCGCUUCACGAGGACAAACCCCAUCAGGAUGAAAAGACUCUACAAUCACUCAGAGUCAAAUUUUUGAAAGGGAAGAAGCGUGGACUAAGACCACUAAGUGAAGCUUCAGUUGUGUCGAAACUGACCGAGAUGGGAUUAGCAUACCACGCAAAACCCCCAGUUUCCAAGACAUCAGUAGAGAUGUACACAGAACUCUUCACACAAGUUUUGUUCCCACCGACGCGCGUCACUGAUGCAGAUGACCCCACCAGCUUCCAUGUUCAAAUUGAAACCUUAGUGAGCGUUCUCACAGAGCCUGGCAUCUGGGUUGAUUUUAGCAAUGUUGAAUGGCGGAUAAGGCUUGGGCAGACUCUGUGGGGCCCGUCUUACCAACCUGACCAGGAAGAGGAAGUUGAUGUUGAUGGCGAAGAAGAAGAGCACAGGCACGAGAGCCAGCAAUUUUGGCUCCUGCUUCAAAUAUUAUUGUCUUGCGAGCUUGUUGUCAGACUUGACGCGGUUAGCCGAAGCGCACGACAGGAUCCGGGGCUUAUAACAGCGGAAGAGAUACAGAGGUUCGAAAGAGAUGUCACAAGACCUGUGAAAUGGUCGCUUUUACUGGCCAGGCUGUGGCUUGAGAAUAUUAAGAUUACACAGUCUGUCAAUCAACCAUCAGAGCAAUAUCCGCCAGAGCAUGAGAAACGACCUUCGGGGUGGCUAUCGUCAAUUAAACAGGCCGUAACUCCGCAGCAUGAAGAGUUUGACCCUAUCACCUCCCACACGAUUGACUUCCAAGGCAGGCGCCAAAAAAGGCAAAUCAAUGGACUGAUCCGCUUCUCUCGAAAGAUGAGGUGGCCAGGAGCUGAGCGUAUCGCUGAGAAAUUUGCUAUGGAUCUUGAGAAGGGAAGUGACGGCACUGGAAGCACUCUCUCCGACCGCGCUUCACAGGCUGGAACAUCCCUCUCCAUGACUACGCAGCGAUCGUCAUAUUUCGCAGGAAUUGGACGACUCCGAAGAGGCCUGACUAUGGGUGGACAGCCGAAUAUGUUCCAUCCUUCGGGGUGGCUCUCGAAAUCAUAUCUGACGGGCCUUAUUCUACCUGGAGAGGGAUUGAGCCAUUUAAUGAUGUCGACGUUACUUGAGAACGACGAGGUUGCAGUCGCACGGCUUGGGGGUGAUGCUAACCUAUAUGGUGGCUUCGUAUACUCGGGGCAAAGCUUUUGGAGCACGGCUUGCAUUAUUGGUAGAGUUCUUGCUGCCGGGAAGGGUGCGAGCGAGUGCAUGGGCUGGCUAUCUUCACCUAUUAAGCCAAAGAGAGUUGUCGAAGGGUGGGUGAGCGUCGAUGUAGAAUUGGAGCCUCGUUCAGAUGGAGAAGAAGGGCCUCAUGCUGCCCGCAUCUGGAAGAAAUCUACAGUGGAGCGCGAGUCCCACGUUCUCGGAGAUGGAGAUGCCAGGACGAUUCUUCCAGGAGACUUCACGCUGCCACCGGCCGAUGUCCCUGAUCCGGUGAACCUGGAAGUAAAUCUAGAAUCUCUCGAUCUAUUUACUGGCCUUGACUCUGCCGAGUCUUCACCACUCGAAGAGGAUGAACCCGGUGUUGAAACUGCAGGCAAGCCUAAUAUUCGUACAUAUUCCGCCAUGUUGCAAUUCACCGUCAAGCCGUCCGAUGAGCCUACGAAAUCUAUGAAUUUCGCGCUCAUAUACGACGUUCAAUUUGUCACUGCCCACCCUUGCGUCCCGUCGUUACACACGCAAUUAAUUCAAUCGUCAACAAACCCAGGAUCGCCGGCCGUACAGCUCGACAGUGCAUCCUCGGGGCCACACACUUUAUUCACAGGCCACGCCCUCCACAAAUCCUACAACUUCUCCCGCCACACCCUCUCCUCCGUCGUCUUCCCCUCCCCCGCCGCACCACCCCCCCUCCUCUCCCUCCACACCUCCAGCACCGAAAUCUUCGUCAUCGACUGCACCGAGCCCGACCCGCCCGAGGUAGCAGCCCUGGAUGCGCACCCGGCGCAGAGCGCGUACGUCUCGCGCAAGCGCCGCUUCGGUAGCGAUCUAGAGAUGCUGACACGCGCGUGGUGCGCGGAGAAGGGGUACAAUGCGCUGGUGAGUCGGAAGGGGAGGAAUUGUAUUGCGUGCUCGAUUCGGGAGGCGAGGGCGCUAAGUUGGAAGAUUGUGUUGAGGUUUGGGUGAGGGGGGUGCAGGGGAGGUGGUGCUUGGUGAG